AUGUUGUUUUUCAGCUUCUUUAAAACCUUGGUAGACCACGAAGUUACAGUCGAGCUCAAGAAUGAUAUCCAGAUCAAAGGCAUACUAAAAUCGGUAGACCAAUACCUAAACAUCAAGCUGGAUGACAUACAAGUGGUAGAGGAGCUGAAAUAUCCACAUCUGUCAUCGGUCAAGAAUGUUUUCAUAAGAGGAAGUGUCGUCAGAUACGUACAUCUUCCUGGCGGCGUAAUUGACACAGCACUUCUGGAAGAUGCUACUAGGAGAGAGGCCGCGCAACAGGCGACUAAAGGAAAAUGAACGUAGACACUCAGAGGGGAAGAUAAAAGUUGAUGUGAGUGCAUUCCCUUCGUGGGAAGGAUAUACGCUAUAGAUGAUAUUGAGAGGGCGGAUGGGAAGAGGGGCAUGAUGAACAGGAUAGGCAUUGCGACCGGCCAACUCAGAUAAUUCAUGUGUUAAUGAAGAUUUAUGGAAAAGCAAACACGGAAAAGUAACUUCGGCGAUACUUUGCUUCGAAUCGCUUGGGUUGUAAGGAAAAAACAUCAAUAAUUCAUAAUUCACCCCAAAUUUGCUGAAAGUCUCCCAAGAUACCCACUAGACAACACAGAAACCUCGAGAGGUAUUGUAUCAUUUGUAUGAAGUUGUUUGUGCU